AAUCCGAAUAUUAUCGAGCUUCAACGAUUGUUCACGAUAAGGCUCCGAAACCGUAACGAGCGUGUUCCGGAGGUUCAUAGCAACACAAGAUGGCGUCCAUAUCGAUGAAAUAAAAGUGAAUGAAAGUCGUUUAUUUUGUAAAUAUCAUCGAAAAAUAUGGUUAUUCUUCAUAUAAAGAAAGGAGACGAAAGUCAGUUUCUUUAUGACACUACAUGUCAAGCUAAACUUUCUGAAUUGAUACCAGAACUUAUAGAGAUAUACAACGGAAGGCUGAAAAUAGAGCGAUUGAAUUAUGAGUUAGAAGAAUUAGGGAAACAUGGAAUAACUUUGCCACCAAAUAUGCAAGGUUUAACGGAAGAUCAGAUUACUGAUUUAAAACUACGCGACAGUUGGGCUGAUAAGUGUGUACCAAGCGGUGGUUUUAGAGAAGUAAAAGAUCCUAUGAGUAAAAGAAAUGGCCAAGCACCAAUGGAAAAUAUGACAGAAAUAAUCAACAGAACAAGAAGUGAAGCCAUGGCUGAUAUAGCAAAGGAGAAUGUGACAGCAAAGCAAUCUCUGACAAAAGAAACAAUUAAAGAUGCACUGGACAAGCUACGAGGUGCUGUUACGAUUGCGUAUCCAAUGGGAUUACCUCCUCAUGAUCCAAUAAAAGAAGAAUUUGAAGAUACAGAAGAUCUUUCUGGUACACAGGCAUCACUUCAGGUCCUGGACAAAGGUACAGGUCAGUUAUGGUGGGCAGGAAAAGAACUUGUUAGAGAGAAGAAACUUGAAGAUUAUAUUGGAAAGAAUGAGAAAACCAAAAUUGUUGUUAAACUUCAAAAGAAAGGUCAAGGCGUGCCAAGCAGAGAACCAGUAUUCACUGAAGAAGAUAAAAAACAAAUGAUGUCAUAUGCUUACAAGAAACAAGAAGAAAUGAAGAAAUUAGAAACAGAUGAUGAUGUGUCAUAUAUGAACUCUGCUUGGGCUGAUCCACAUUCCUUAAAGCGACAAUUCCAGGGAGUUAGAGAUGUCAAGUGGAAGCCAUGAUAAAGACUGUGUGUGUAAAAACAGAUUAUCUUUUGGUGAUAGAACUCAGAAAAUAUAUUCCUCAUCACUACCUUUCCAACUAACUCAAAUACAAACAUUUCUACUAAAGAUAAAACAUUUGCUUAUGGUCUGUACUUAAGAUAACAAUAAACCUAUACAAUUCACAUUGGGAAUCGAGGAGGAGGUCAUAAUUUGAAACCAAUCUUUCACAGCAAAAACAACAUUACAUCACAUUUAAUAAUAACAUGAAACAUUACAACUCAUGAUACUGAUAAAGA